UUUCUUUUUAUCUCUUGUUUCCCUGAGCUUUAAUCUCCUUCCAUACAGAAGGAAGACAUUGAAGCAGCACUUCGCAACAAUAACAUGGGUCUGGAUGACACGUUAAUGGAACUUGGCAACCGUGGGGUAACAGGUGGUGGCAGUGGAAGCGAUGCUUGGCGCAACCCUCCUCUAGAAGAACAUAUUCCUUUCGAUAUUACUAACCCCAACUUCCAGCAACGCUUCCCUCCAGCACCGCACCACCUGCCAUUCACUUCUCAAGGUGGAUCUGGCAACUCUCCGCAUGUUCGUGCUCUCAUGCAGCACAUCCAGAUGGCAGUGCAAGCGGGCUACCUCAACCCCCAGAUCCUGAACCAACCCCUGGCCCCUACCACACUUGUGCUCCUUAAUAAUAUGCUCUCACACAUUAAUGUGCUACAAAAGUUCUCUCAGCAACAAGCCAUCUGGCAAGCUCAGGCUCACCUCAACAAAAAUUCUUCACAAACUAUUCUUCAGCUCAACAUUAAUAUUACUAAAACUAAGCAACAAAUCCAAAACCUACAGAAUCAGAUAGCUGCUCAGCAGGCCUUGUAUGUGAAACAGCAACAGCAGCAUCACCACCCACAACUUCAUUCUCACCUGCCAGGUGGUCCCCCUGGUACUCAAAAUGACUUUUUCAACAAGCCCAGUCUUCCAGAUCAGCUGUAUAGUAGCUUCACUCAAAUGCCAGUCAGUGAAAACCCUCCAGCAAUAAACAUUGGGCAACAUGGAAGCCGUUUACAUCAGUGGAAGCUGCCAUCUCUGGAAAAUGAUGACAAUGAUUUCAUUCGUGCCCCUGGUGCCCCAGGGAAACCCGCCAUGCCACAGUCUCAUUCAUCUCCAAAUUUAACACCUUUGCUUGGACCAUCAAAUAGCACCUGGUCUCUAAAUCGCACCUCUGAGACUGGAUGGCCUGAAAGUAGCAGUGGUGGCAAUGAUAACACUACUGGUGACAAAGGAGUCCCAAAUAUGGACUCACAAUGGGCUGCUUCCUCACAGACCAAUGCCUCAGGGUCAUAUGGCCUUGACAUUAAGCCUUUUGAACCAGGAAAACCAUGGAUGAUGAAGAAUAUUGAGGAUGACCCAAAUAUAACGCCGGGUUCAGUGACACGUUCUCCUUUGUCCUUGGGUAUUAAGGACUCAGAGUUGUUGUCAUCUAUCAGCAAGACCCCGACCACCAACACUGUUUCAGACAUGACCAGCCAUCUUACCUCCCUUUCACUUUCCUCCAACACCUGGAGCUUCAACCCAGGACCCGGCCACCACACCACCAACUCUCCGCUGUCAGGGGACAGCAAGCUGAGCAGUGGGACCAAUGGCAAGAGUGGGUCAUCGUGGAGCGAGACUGUCCAUGAAGGUAGCAGCAAUUUGGCCUCAGAACUUUGGGGUGCCCCAGGGAACAAGCUUCGUGGCCCACCACCUGGGCUAAUUGCUGGUAGUGUGGGUGUUCAAAAGAAUAGCGGUGUGGUCAGUGGAGGAGGGUCUUGGGGGACCCUUGGCAGAUCAACAUCAUGGUCUGGAGAGCAGCAUAGGAAUCCCCCAAACAGUGCCUUACAUUCGGCUGCUGCUGCAGCCGUUGCUGCUUCAGGAGCCUGGACCAACUCUCAGCUGCCCUCCACCUGGCUCAUCCUAAGGAACUUAACACCUCAGAUUGAUGGUUCUACCCUGAAGACACUGUGCAUGCAGCAUGGGCCGCUGGUCAACUUCUACCUGUCCCUCAACCACGGCUUUGCCCUAGUUAACUAUGGCUCAAGAGAGGAAGCUGCUAAGGCACAAGGAAAUCUCAAUAAUUGCCUGUUGAGCAAUACCACUAUCUUGGCUGAGUUUGCUUGUGAUAGUGAAGUGAAGCAAGUAAUGGGCCAACAGACCCACCAGGGUCAAGGUGCCCCACCAACUCCUGCCCCAACUAAUGCCUCAAGUUGGGGAGGCUCUGGUCGUGGCUCUACACCAACUUCCCAGCCCUCUUCAGGCUCCAAAGUUGACUCAUGGGGUAAUGGCAAUGGUUCUAAUUUGUGGAGCAGCGGCCCUGCCGUUGGAUCCUCGCUGUGGGGUGGGGCCAGUCUGGGUGAUGGGGAUCAACAUCGUGCCACACCUUCCUCACUCAAGCCCUACCUGCCGGAUGGCCUUCUCACCUCCGAGUCCAUAUAAUAGGGGAGGUGGGGGUCAAGUGCUGUCACCCAGUGGGCACCAUCACAGCAACACUUUCAAUGCAGCAACCACAGUGGUAGUUUAGUACCAUAACCACAUGCUAGAGCCCUGCCACUACACAGGGUAAGCUCACAGUCUUACUCAUACACCUUAAUUUAUGCUGGUCCAUACAUGUGUAUAUCAAUCCCAAUUUUAUUAAGACAAUGCCUUAAAAGACUUAGCUCCAAGCACACACAAGAAUAAUCAAUCAUUUCAAUGCUCUUUAUGGUUAAGGUGAAGACCAUGGAGCUAAAAUAGUUCAUGUGCUGUGACUUACAUACAAAGUUACUUGUAUUGACAUGCUGAUGUUGACCAUUAUUUUAGGAGAAACAAAGGUGCAAGCUAAACUGAAGCAAGAGGUGAUCUGCCUGCGCUCCUCUCUUGUUUCAGUUACAUAACUGGUCCUACUUUUAAAUGCCAAUAUUAUCUAAGUCUGUUCUUACCAUGAAUCAAGUCUUAUUAUAUGAUAACAAAAGAAUAUACCUACACAGUUUUGCAGUGUUUUGAUGUACAUGUACCAAAAGAUAAACAAUUAAGUUAUAUUUAGUUUUUAAGAGAGAUUAAUUGUAAGGUCUAGGUUAAAAUUAUAAUUAAGUUUAUAGUUGAAUUUGCAGAAUUGUUCAGUGAUAGCACUCCUCUGUGUGAUAUUUCCUAAAUGGAUAAUUAUAUAUAUAUAUAUAUAUAUAUACAUAUAUAUAUAUACUUUAAAUGUGCUUACUUAUGUAUCUCAAGUUCCACCACAGACUCUAGUGCUUGUAAGAUUUACAUCCUCCACACAAGAUCUGCUCAUAUGUACAAUGGAGCUCUCCAGGACUCAGCAGAUAUUCCUCAGUCUAGUGAUUAGGUAGGUACAGGGUGCAGUGAGGAGCCAAGCACCAUUCCUCGGAUCGUCCAGUAGUUCUGCUGUCGUCAUCAUGAAGGCCUCAUAAUGGGCUCUGCUGUGCAUUUGUCAUCUGGGCCUCUUUUUGGCCUCUGUUAUUUCGUCAUUAUGCUAGCCAUCCAACUUUGUUCUGUUGUCAAAAGUUAGUCAGUUUAAUGGCUACACAAGAUGGUGACAUCAUCCAGAUUUAAAUCUGCUAUUUCAUUAGCAUUCAGAAGUGGUGUAUUAAAUCAUAAACAUGUCAUCAUAAUGCAGGCCUCGAAGUCUACUGUGAUGUAAUUGAGGCCUCCAGCCAGUAUGACAGUGUGUUGUGGUUACAGUAAAGUUAGCAAGCAUAGCCCACAGAUCUGCUGCAUUAUCAUCUGGUAGACAGAAUGUUGUGGUCUUUGCCAUAACAUAGUCAUGCAAGCCCUCAAAUUUGCUACCCUCAGUCGUACUCAUAUCCAUCAUUAUUAUAUUAUCAUUAUCAUUAUCAUCAACAUAAAAUGAACCCAUGCAACCUUUGGUUCGUUGGUCUCCCUCUUCCCAGGGUGCACCUCCCAUGCUACUUCUACUUGUCGGAAAACAGUGCCCCACAUUCUCACUGUUGGUGUGUAUUUUUCACUUUAGUAAGUGAUGACAAUGAAAGCAUACUGUACAUGAUGUGUUCUUGUAACUUCUGGCAAGUUUGACGUUGUGAUAUAAUAGUCACCAGUGGUCCAAAGGUUAUGUUUGGGUAUUAGAUCCCAGGUUCUUGCUCCAGCAGUCUUGAGAUUGGCAGCCAGGUUCAUUGCCUCAUACAACACAGAACACUUGUAGAAAGACCACUGGAUCUGCUUAGUCAUCUAAUCACCAUUUCCCUGGUCCAUAUUUGUCAGUGUGAGUAGCAUCGAGUGUGUGGCUGCCAGCCAAGGUUGCAUCAUGGUACAAAUCCUACAAUAUCUAUCGAAACCAACUUAGCAACAUCCAGCCAAUCGGUGUUUUUUUUUUUUUUUUUUAAGUAAUAGACAACCAAUCAAAUUAGCAAAAUGUAAUACUUAGGCAUACUCAUACUUAAGCUGAUUUGGGCUGAUGUUGUAGGGUUCGUAGCCACGAGUAAGUCAGCAGCAUACCAAGUGUCAGGUUGACAAACAAUGGUGCUGCAAAUAAUCAUGCUAAAUGUGAGAUUUAGUGAUAGGUCCAGUCCACUCUUUCAUAAUGUUACUAUUAAUUCUCUUUGUCGCUCAGCUUUACUUACUAUUUUUAUCCCCACAAAAAAUGCACAAAAAAAAUAAUGAUUGUUGUAAUUUGUUUUAUGAACUCAAGUCAUGGUGUAGUAUUUUUCCGUAUUCAGUAUUUUGUACAGUUUUGAAAAGGAGUAUAAACAAAGUGCCACCAUAAAUGUUUUUUUUUUCUCGAGGAUAUAUUGUAAGUGACAGAGCUCUUAUAUGUCUGGAUAUUAUCUUGACCUUUAGCUGUAGUGAUACUUUGGAGCCAUAUCAAUAUUAUAGCUUUCAGAUUAAUGAUCUAAAUACAAUGAAUAAUCAAGCCAGUCUGCCAAAAAUCUAGACUAAGCAAGGCAGUGAAUCAUCAUAAUUGAGACUAACUUUGCCAUGUAUAACAGCAUAUUAAGUAGCUGUCAGACUUCCAGCUGUACUGAGAAUCAGCUUUGAUGAUUCCUUGCAUUUUUGGGCAAUCACAUAUUGUGUGGUUUCCCAAAUGUUUAAUAGUUUUUAGUGGUAUGUGUAGUAGGGAUUGGGUUAUUAUAGUAUUAGGAAACUUUGUGAACUGUCAAGGUCAGGUACCAGGCCAGGUACAGCAUUACUGGUACUUGUCAAUUUUCUCCACCUUGGUUAGCAAUAGUCCCUUAAUAGCAGUAGAUUUGUUUCUACUGCCACUGUUUUGUUUAAUUGACUAGCAGUGGUGAUGCUUGCUCCAUGAUUUUUGCUUGUUAGCUUGGCCUGAUGCCUGGGUGGUUUUAUAUUCAGAGGAGCACUGUAUAAUCUGGGCACUGUUGAUCCCACACUGGCAUAGUUUAGUAUAAUAACCGUCAGGACUUUGCACAAGACCAACAGAAGGUGCACAGUCUUACCCUCACUGGUGCAUGACUGUGUGCUUCUAGCUGUAAUAUAGCUAUAUCAGCUCUGACCUGACAUGUAAAACUUGUAGACUUCUGAGGUCCUGUGUCAAUGUGCAGCAAUCUCAGUAAUGGUGUUAGUGCAGCUGUAGUAAUGGAUGCCCUAAUUAAAGGUGAGCAUGUGCUCCUCUGAAACUCGACUGCCCUAAAAGUAAUUCUUCCAAGAUUAUUUAGCCAGUUAAGAUACUCGCCUUCUCUCCCUGUGUUAACUAUGUACAAGAACCAAACUUUUAAUUUUUUUUUGUGGUUAUUAUAAAUGAUUUACAUACAGCACUGUAUAUAAACUGUGCUGCAAGUUGUACAAGCGUUAGAUGCCACCACUGCACACACUCUUGCUGAGAGGGAUCUCUGGGGUGUUUCAUUAUAGAUCUAGGGUUAUGUAUUCUGUGUCCCGAGGUUUACCUGAGGUUAAUAGUCAUCUCGCAUUUGCUAAGUUGUAGCUGGCUGCUACAAUUCUCUUCGCAGUUGUGAUUUUUGCUAGGGUGAUUGUUAUUCUGCCUUUAAAGAGGAACUAAUUGUUAAUGAUAGGUUUUAUUUGAUAGGAAAUUGUUUAGUUUGUUUAAGAUUAGGUUGCAUAGUAUUUUUAGGGUGAUGAGGUUAGCUUAUGGCAUUUUCUCAGGAACCUUUGUGGCGCAGGGGACGGAUAAUCUGCUCAGCACUGGUGAACAGCUUGCUGUUCUCAUUAGUGAACAGUGUGUUGUUAUGCACUGCUUAGCAGUCUGAUACUCUUCUUAGGGAACAGCUAGCUCCUUAAGGAACACUGGACUCCUUAGGUUAAGUAGCAGUCUGCUCCAUGGGUUUCAUUUAUGUUUCUUGGGUUGUGGAAUAGUUGGUUCCCUAGGUUAGUUUAAAGUUUCUUCAGUUACAGAAACAAUAUAUUUUUCAGCUUCUUAAAGCAGAUUCUACUUGUUAUAAAAAUGUAAUAAUUAACACAAAGCUUUAGAACAGAUUGUCUCACUAGUGACAGAUAGUAUUUGGUUACUGUAAGAUGAAUCUGUUCCUUUGCAAAAAUUGAAGCAUUAGUUUGUUUACUGAAUAAAUAGUUUGUUUCUUAGCUGAAGGAAAGAUCUGCUCGUUUGCUUAAUGAGGAGUGUGCUUCUCAGUUGAGGGUAAUAGACCACAGCUGGGUUCUAGGGCAAUAAUGUUCAACUGUGUUUUGAGUAGCAGUCUGUUACUUGAGGGCUAAGCAAGUCAGCUGCUUGGUUCUGAAAGGCAACCUGCUGCUCAUUUCUUGGUAGUCCACGUGUUGCAGUGCAUUUCUCUCAAACUAUGCAGGACUCCCAUCUGAGUUUCCCAGUCUGCCUGUUGGGUCAAACUCAUUCAUUGCAUUCGACGAAUAGUAGGUGUAAGGAUCUUUGUAGUUGGAAACUCCGUCUCCUGCAUUUAUUCUCAUUAUUAGUGCAAUAUUUUAUCAAAAUACAAAGAUCAUAAAAAUAAUCUGAUGCAUAAAAUUGAUGCACAUAAAAAACUCAAGGAUGUCUUGUGGACAAUCGUAUGUGAUGCAUGAUAUAUUCGUGCACAUGGAUGACCGUAAAAGUGAUUGCAUGAUUUAUACUCAUGCUUUAGGGUGACAGUUAGUGAUGCAUGGUGUAUUCAUGCUUUAGAUUGACUAGAGAAGAAGCGCAAUGCCUUAUUCAUUCCUCUUCAGAAAAGAAGUGUAGUUGUGAUGUUUAAUGAAGUAACGCUGAUCAACUACUAACUUAUAACUACCGUCCUAGCCUGCGUCUUCAGUAUCAAGAACUCCACACAAGUCUUGUUUCACAUCUCUUGUGAUAACUGGUCUUCAUGAUUGUUUUAUUGGUAUACAAAAGAACCUGUGACAAAGUAACUGCUGGGUGCAGGGAAGCAAGGCUUGUGUGGUCAAUUAUAUGUGCACAAGCUGCGUUUGGUGCUACGUGUGAUCCCUGGACUGUUGAUGGAGGACCAAAGCCUCAAUUGUUGGCCACUGGCAUCCUAGCUUCUGCGCUCGCCUGUUCUCCCUGCUGCCCACACACCUUCAUCCACCCAUCCACACUGUGCAUGUCACAUUUCUGCACCUAUCGGCGUAAAGACACUCUGAGUGUAGGUGGCUGUGUUAGUAUGACUGGGGUGACUAUGAUAAUUUUAGUUUUGCCUGUGAUGUUUUACUACGUUUCCUGACUAAUGACUGGUGAGUUUCUUGUUUUAUGGGUUAAUUAUAGUACUAAUGACUAAGAGACUAUUAAUGUACUCAAUUUAUUGUACGGAUGAGUAGUAAUUAUAUAAAUAUAAUUAUAAAAUAUAUAUAAAUAUAUAUAUAUAUAUAUAUAUAAAUAUAUUAACUAGCACAUAGUGUAUGGUAAUGUUUUGAAGUGUAGUUAAAUGAAAGUGUGGUUGUGGUGAUACUUUGAUAGUAUGGGUGGGCAGCAUCUCCAGGACGUGAAAGGUGCUGUGUCAGGAGUGCUACAGGGUCUUGAAUCUACCCAGGGACUAUUCAAGUUCACCAUUACUUCCAAUUAGUAAGAUCUCAAAUUUGCAUUAUUGCCUCUGUUUCCCCUUUUUUUUCAGCUUUACUACCUAAUCAUUAAGCUCACUUGCAGUGUUAAAUUUGUGCCAGAUACGGGUGAAAGAAAAAUGUCCCUGGUCAGGUUUGAAGCUCUGCACAUCUUCCUUGCUUAGGGGCCUCACACAACUUCCUCCCUUAGAAAAUAGUCAAUAGUCCUGCUUGGCAUCUAUACAAAAAAAAUGAAAGUGAAAGCAUUUAAUAAAAGUAAAUAAAAACAUAAUAAAAAAGAAAAUGUAUGCCAGGUAGUGUGUAUGGUGUGAGGUGCCUAAGGUUGUUAUGGUUGUGAGUUGAAUCCAAGUGUGAUACUCCCUCUCUGGUCAGACACAAGGGCUUCACCACCCUCAGCAAGUGCAACGUAUAUGUGCCUUGUGUUUGAUUUAUGGUGGCCUGCAAUGACACCAUCACCACCAACACCACCACUUCAACCACCUGUGCUUGUGUGCCUUCUAUAAGAGGGGUCACAGUCUGCACAACUUCACACAGUGAACACUUUAGCAUGUGAAAAUAGUUUAAAAAAAAAAGAAAAAAAAAAGAGUAGCAACACCAAAUGCAAAGCCUCAUAUAAUUGAUUAACACACCCUGCCUCAUUUUGUUAAUGGAAAGUGCUAACCAAGAAACUACUACAAGGACUUCCUAUUAAUAAGUAUGUAGAAAGCAACAUUGACCUAUAUAUAUAUAAGAUUUCUUUUGGAGGCUGUAGUAUGUUGGACAGUUAGCAGACAGUGAUGGGAGGCAUGUGGUUGUCCACAUGGCCGGUCUCAGGGAGCAGUCGACCAGAUGGCAGUAAGAAGGGCAGUUCAAGUUUGCAUCAGCUGCUAACUGGAGAGAUUAAGUUGGCUAAAGGCCUACGGAGUACUUACUGGCUUCACUACCACUGCUGCUACUGUUACCCAUCACACUUGUUUCUGCUCUUUUUUUUUUUUUUUUUCUUUUUUUUCGAAAACUUAAUAUUGCUACUGCUGUGCAAGAGGUUGUUGCAAUCAGGAACACUGUGGUGCGUAUGUGGUGUCAGCCAUCCCACACCUAAAUGUGCUAAGUAAUUCCUGUUGUAAAAGUGUCCUGAUUCCAAAGAUCCUUGGAGUUCCAGUUAAGGCUUUUGGGUGAUAAAACUUGUAUUAUGAUUUUUGUACCUGACUAUGUACAAGUCAAGAUAUUCUUUUAAUAUUGCUAUAUAGAUUAAAAUAUACACAGUUAAUUCCAUGAAGUGGUAAUAACUGUAGUUUAAAUGAACUUGACACAUGCAGUCAAAGAGUGACUUAACUUGCAGUCAACUACUCGGUUCUCUCCUCGUCAAAAUAACAAUAAUGUUGGUGAGUAGUUGAUCUCAGUUUUGUUACCAUCAUGUUGGAGAGUGAGAAGUGUAUUUAGUGGGUGUAGUGUGUUUUGUGCUGGCAGUGGGGGAAAGGGAGGAUGGGGAGAGAGUGAUUGGGUAAAAUAUACCUUCACCCUCUCUAGAAACAGCUCUUCUCAUUCAGCACUUAAUAAUGACUGUUCUGCCUCCCACCUGGCUUCAUUGUGUGCUUUAUUUUGUAGAUUAGACUGAAGUAAAUUUUAUAAUGGUAGAAUGUCACAAUAUUGUCACAAUCCUUUUUUCUAACUUUCUUGGAAAGUUAAAAGUAUAUGUUGCUUCCUGCAGCUUCAUAACCCACUGUCAGAAGUGAGGCAGCUAAAACCUAGGUCACUAUAAGAACUGAUGGAGCUCUGAAUGGUGAGCCAGUGAAUUCCAAAGUAUGGCUGCACUAGGGUCACCUUUCAGUAACCCCUUUACCCCACAACCACCACCCCACAACUACUGCCCACUUCUCUGUAUUGCACCUCAAAGACAAUUGUUGCAGCUUUGUCAACUUUGAAAUGCAUUUCAAACAUGAGAUUCCAAAGAUACCUUGAAGGAAGUAAUGGGUGCCAUUUGUAGCAACUGAUAGGUUUAUGACUUCUUGGUUAUGGUGCCAAAUUAAACUAGUAAUAACUGGAUAUGAUCAAUAGUAAGUAAUAUUUCUCUUAUAAUAAUUAUAGCUUGAAUGUAAGUUUUCUUAAGUUUAGCCUAUCUGGUCAUGUCUUCUUGUAGGAAAAUACACAAAACAAUCUAGGCUGUGUUCCUUUGUCACCGAUUCCAGUGUUGCUCUUAAUCACCUAGAUGUAAUAAUUAAAGUGAUGGUUGCGUUCUCAUGGUUCUCGUUUUGAACAUUUUAAUUAGGGACAUGUAUACUGAUGAGGGCAUAAUAGUUGUAUCUUAUUGAUACUACCAUCAAGACAUAUCGCACACUCCGUGCACGUUCUCUUGAGUAAUCUGUGCGCGGUGGUGAACCAAAGCAUUUGUUGUGUGUAUUAGCAUCACCCCGCAGCUGCAGUAUGAUGCUGUUGUUGUGGCAUCCCGCUGCCAUUAUGCCCCAAACUCCUACCCAGAGCUUCUCCAACCCUCCUCCUCCUCAGGGAGGGCUAGGGUGGCAAUGGUGAGCCCCCAACUGUAACAACCUUUAGUGUGUGGUGAUAGUUGAGGGCUCCUGGGGUUAUUGGUGGCAACCUGCCAUAGCUCCACCUGAGGCUAGACAGGCAAGUCUUUCCAUAUAACUUAAAUGGUAUUAUCACAUCAGCACCGGUAACGAGUCAGAAUUUUGUAUUAGAUGAGUGAUGUACGUUUUAUACAUAUAUUUUUAGAUGUGCAAGGCAACGGUCGUUGGUGCAGGACUUAGCGUAAUAUUGACUGAUGCUAUGCCCUGUGUGGUUGUUGCUGCCAGUAUUUUUUCCUCAAGUAAUAUGAGAUUGAAUCACUGGUAUAUUAUUGGCGAAUUGCUCAUACAUGUAGAAUGUGUUCAAGUCUGGUCUAAGCUCUUUUACAACAGGGAAUUAUCUUAGUGUCCUUGUGAGGUUUUGUUGAAGUACUAGGUGUAAGUUGAUUAUGGCCAGGAUGUGGUCUAGGGUAGCACCGGUGGUCCGAACGUCGAGGCUUUCACUUUAAAUGUAAAAGAGCUUAAUAGUGUCUCUCUAUGCUGUGUAGUGGUGGCAUCUAAUACGUGAUUAAGCUAAGGUAACUUACAGAUAUUAAAGUCUACAAAAAAGUUAUAAAAAUGUACUUGCUAUUGUGAAGGGAUGGUUUGUUGCCUGCUCAGGGUUACCACACUUAACUUCUGACGUUCAUGUGAUGUGUGAGGUGGCAUGCAGCACUUGUUGGGAUCACAAGUGGGCUUUUCUUCCCCACCCAUUAUGCUGGGGCGGAGGGUGUGUUGCAGCCUCCUUGUCCAGUGAGCUUGUCUAGUCCUGAGGGUCCUGUACCAAGACUGCUUGGCAGGCUGCUGUGAUUGCAUUGCUUGGAUCCAGGUCCUCACCCUCAGGAGGUGCCACACUCCCACCGCACCACCAUUUUAAUUUUCCCCACCAUUCCACAAAUUUUCACAUUUUUAGUAUGCUGUAUCUUGUAUUCUUGGAACCCACAUGGUAUAUUUCAUGUCCAUCCUCCAAGGAGCAGCCACAGCUGCUGCAGCCAUGUCAGGUGCUCCCCCUGUGCCUCUCUUGUGUGUUCAGUGGCCCCGGUCCCUGCCCGUAUGCAAGCCUCAGUCUCCACCACCACAUCCGGGGCCUCCACCUUUGUGUAACAUGACAUGUCGCAACUGCUGCCGGGGCUGCCUACUAAUCCCAUCCUUGUUGUAGCCAAGUGGGUUCUCUCAUUUUCUUGCAUAAAUCUUCACACACUCCAAUCAUUUUAUUCUUGACAUGUACUGCUUGCCAUUGCCUUCACACUCCAAAUGUAGCAAUGAAGCCAGGAGCAAUAAGGUGAGCUGUCGUGUCCGCCGUCUUCUCAGCCCUGUAUUUUCUGGUAGUCAGCCGCAGUCCACAGGCUGAGGUGGUUGAUAGAGCGGCAUGUGUGAUCCUGGUGGCCAUGGAAGGUCACAUGGCCAGGUGCUGGGAGGGCGGUGCUUGCGGCAUGCCCCACGUAUCCAUGUGUUGGUGUUGUGUUGCCAUGUUAGCAGGCGGCCGCCAGGUUUUACCGUGCUCACUCUGCCGCGCCAGAGGUUACCUAGUAGACCUUACUCCUAAUCUUUAAUGUCUGGCUAAGAACCAGCAUUAAGUGUUGGAAAAGUCUGCAUGGUGGUGGCCUGGCACGGCUGGCCUGUCCUCCCUAUCGUACCACUGCACAUUCCCACGAGCUAGUCAGGGCGGGGCACCACACAACACUGCCACCUGUGCCAGGUAGGUGGUGGCCCAACACCUAUUGUCCAAGGGACAUUGAACUGGUUCUGUGUGGGAGGCACCAACCCGCCCUUGGCACCUCUUGAUAACCAUGCCACAUGAUGCAUAUCCUAGCUGGUCAGUGUGCUUGGACAGGUCAGCAAUGCUUUUAAUAUAAUUAUUUAUACAGGCUUUCUUGUACUGGAUGUUCCAAUAUGCAUAAAUAAAUUUGGUCUCAGUGUUUA